AUGGAGUCCACGCUGGCGACAUCCAGUGCUGCCACAGGCCCUGUCACCUUCUCCCACGUCUUUGGCCAGCAGUGCCAGCUCAUGGAAGCAGAACAAGCAGUUGGUGAGCCAGUGAGAGAGCAGGACACGCGGAUCCAUGUGAUAGAGGACAUUCCCAAGGUCAAGAACUGCACAGUGAUGGGAGGCUCUGGAUUCCUGGGGCAGCACAUGGCGGAGCCGUUGCUCGCAAGGGGCUACACCGUCAGCGUAUUCGAUAUCCGGCAAGGUUUCGAGAAUCCCCGGGUGCAGUUCUUUCUGGGUGACCUCUGCAACCAAGAGGACCUGUACCCAGCUCUGAAAGGUGUAGGCACAGGUUUCCACUGUGCAUCACCCCUACCAUCCAGUAACAACAAGGAGCUCCUUUAUAGAGUGAAUUUCAUUGGCAAGGUCAUUGAAACUUGCAAAAAGGCUGGAGUUCAGAAACUCAUUUUGACCAGCAGUGCCAGUGUCAUCUUUGAGGGCAGUGACAUACAAAAUGGAACCGAAGACCUUCCUUAUGCCACGAAACCCAUAGACUACUACACGGAGACCAAGAUCCUACCAGAGAGAGCAGUUGUGGAUGCCAGUGACCCUGAGAGAAAUUUCUUAACCACAGCUAUCCGUCCCCAUGGCAUUUUUGGCCUAGGAGAUCCCCAGUUGGUCCCCAUCCUCACUGAGGCAGCCGAGAAGGGCCAGAUGAAGUUCAUGAUUGGAAACGGGAAGAGCAGCAAUAGGAUGAUAAGGGUAGAUCUCACCUUCGUGGAGAAGGUGGUCCAUGGACACAUCCUGGCUGCAGAGCACCUCUCCCAAGAAGCAGCACUGGGUGAGAAGGCAUUUCACAUCACCAACGAUGAACCCAUCCCUUUCUGGACGUUCCUGUCCCGCAUCCUGACAGGCCUUAAUUAUGAGGCCCCCAAAUACCACAUCCCCUACUUGGCCCUUCUGGUGUCCCUGCUGGUAAUGGUGGUCAGUCCCAUCAUCCAGCUCCAGCCCACUUUCACACCAAGGCGGGUUGCACUGGCUGCCACCUUCCACCACUACAGCUGUGAAAAAGCCAAAAAGGUCAUGGGGUCCCAGCCACUGGUCACCAUGGAUGACGCCGUGGAGAGGACCGUACAGAGCUUUCUCCACCUGCGGAAGGUCAAGUGAGGCA